AUGUAUCGAUUCAUAAUUCUGACCCUUGAUCUUGCUACUGAAAAGUAUCAGGAAUUUGACACCCCGGUGGAUGAGGAUUACAGUACCGUCAUGGAGUUGGAGGUUUUAGGGGGCUCUCUAUGUGUUUCUGUUCAUGAUUGGGACACCGGAAAUGAUGUUUGGAUUAUGAAGGAUUUUGGAGGACCUUGGACCCUUCUGUAUUCUAUUAAAAAGGAAACUAUGACUUGGUUGCUUAACUAUUGCCCACCUUUGGUCUUCGCAAAGAACGGUGAAAUAGUUCUUUUGAAGAAGGACGAGGAAGCAUUUGUUUGGUUUGAUUUAAAGGGAAAAAUCGGAUACCAAGAUAAUAUUUGCGGUCUGCCACUUCGCUUUGAUGCAAAGAUUUGCGAGGGCAGCCUUUGUCUUAUUGAUGGUGAUCCCGUGAUUGGUGGGAGGCAGUAG